AUGAUAAUUGAGAAGUCUAUGCAAUUAUACACAGCUUUUUUAACAAUCAUAAUAACUAUUUUAUUUGUUAACAUAAUUCUUUUAUUAUUACUAAUAUUGCUAUCAUGGAAAAUAUCUUGUAACAUUAAAAUUAAAUAAUAAAUAAAAACACCUUAAGAUGAAUUUAAAAUUAUUCAAUAUUAAGAAGAAAAAUGUCUUGAAAUUAUAAAUAAAAAAGAAGAAUAAUUAAAGAAUCCAACACCAGAUUAAUAGGAAAUUGAAGAUAAAGGAUCUCUUAAUGUUUCUAUUAAUGAAGAUAUAAGUCCAGCCAUGUUAAAAUUAGUAUUAAUAAAAAUUAAUUAAGAAAUCUAGUUUAAGUCCUAGUCCUGGUAGAUACAGAUCUGGUAAAAUACUUGAUUUUCUAGAAAAGAAAUUAAGUCAUGCCAAAACAAGUUAAAAAGAAUUACAUAAUGUAUACAGUAAAGAAUUCAGUAAAAAAUAUAAUACCAAUUAAGGUAAAUUUAUAUAUAUUUAUUAAAGCAUUAUAAAUUAGUGUAGAUUUUGGAGAACAAGAAGAUGUCUCAUCUUCAAUAAAAAACAAAAUUGAAAUAGAAAUCAACAAUCAUAACUUCUUCAAAUAAACUAAAUUCCUAUCUUGA